GAGUUUCAGAGACUCCAAAAAAAAAAAAAAAAAAAAGUAUUUGUAUGAGCUGAGCUCAGAAUGAGAGUUCCUGUAAAACUCCUCGGCUUUGGCUUUUGGUUGUUUUUCUUAAAUUGUGUCCGAUGUCAAGAAUGUCUUCGAGGGUACAUUAAAUAUGAAAACACAGAGCCAGUUGAGAAAGCUUCAUAUGCUGAUGGUGAAACAGUGAAAGUGAUCUGCGUGACAGGUUAUACUGGCUUUUAUAAAUUAAAAUGUGUAAAAGGAGAAUGGAAAAAAACCAUUGAGCGACCAUGUGCAAAGAAAAAAUGUAAUCAUCCAGGCGACACACCAAACGGUAGUUUUGAACUUACAGAGGGGAUGGAGUUUGUUUUCGGAGUAACAGUGAUGUAUACGUGCAAGAAAGGGUAUGAAAUGACAAGCAGUAUCAAUCAUCGUACCUGCAGAACUGAAGGAUGGGACAACACUGUCCCUGUCUGUGAGGUGGUGAAAUGUCCAGCCAUCCGAACAGAUGAGGGGGUGACUGCGUCGGGUAACACAGAGGAGGGAAGUUAUGGUGAUGUUAUUCGCUUCGAGUGUGUAUCUUCUGACAAAAUGAUAGACGGAAGUAGUGAAAUUCACUGCCAAGAGACGGGAAAAUGGAGUGACGUUGUUCCAAAGUGCAAAGCAAAGCAGAAAUUGUGUCCUGAUCUAUCCGUGGAAAAUGGGUUCAUACACAUCCACCCCUCCAACAAGGAAAAAAUAUUUUACUCCUGCAACACGGGUUAUAAACCAUUCUCUGGGAACUGGUGGGGUUCAGUGACAUGCACAAAAGAAUCUCAAUUUGAAGAGCCUCGCUGCAUCCUGGAGGAAGAAUGUGGUGCUCUUCCCAGUGUUCACCAUGGAAAACUAACCCUUCGUGAUCAAGAAACUGCUGAUGUGAAAUGUGAUCCAGGGUUCAUGUCAACUGAACGCUCCAUAAAAUGCACCAAUGGUAGAUGGGAGAAACCAGUGUGUAAGGAGGUGCAUUGUGACAUUCCUCCAAAUGUGGAAAAUGCAGUCAUAAUAUCUGAACCUGAAGAAUUCUAUGUACCUGGAUCUACCGUAACAUACGUAUGUCGAAGCUCAUACUUAAUGAAUGAGAAAAGUACAGUUGUCUGCCGCAGAGGAACAUCGGAAAAACCACCAACAUGUCAAGGACAGAGAGAAAUCACCUGUCAGUCAAAUGGAGAAUGGAGCAGCCCUCUUUAUAAAUGUGAAGAAACAAAAUGUGUUGCACAUCUAGCAGAGAACAUUAGAUCAGAUGAACAUCGGGGGUCUGAGGUCUCAGUUAGACAAGGACAGACAAUAACUCUUUCAUGUGUUAAGAGUGGAUCUGCAUUACAAGGACAGAGCAAAAUCACCUGUCAGUCAAAAGGAGAAUGGAGCAGCGCUUUUCCUAAAUGCAUCAGUCAGACCACCAGAUGUGGACCACCACCACACGUGAACGAUGCAGAUACAACAGAACUGAAAAAAGAUGAAUACACUACAGGAGAGAGAGUUGAAUACAGCUGCUUUAGUAAAUACACAUUGGAUCUGCGUCCACCUUUCUCCAGAUUCUUGACCUGUGAUCAAGGAGAAUGGAGGGGGAAUAUUAAGUGUUUAAAGCCCUGUACAGUGACUGUGGAGGAAAUGAAUAGAAGAGGGAUAGAGCUGGCCUAUGUUAAUCGGCAAAAGAUGUUCGCACCCCAUAAUGAUUACAUCAGCUUUGCGUGUAAGAGGGGCAAAUAUUCAGUAGGUGUUCCCCUGAGACAACAGUGUAAUGAUGGACUGAUGACUUUACCUGAGUGUGAGUGAUGGUGAGAAUAAAGUAUAAAGUGUAGCAUCAGCUGUACUACUAAGCAAAAACAAGUGGAGCUGAUCAAAAUAAAAAAUAAAGAUUUUUACCAAAAAAAAAUAA